CCUCCCUCUACUUCUCAGACUACAAGAGUCCAGCUACCGCAGCAGAUCCCACACAAGCGCUCCUACACACGCGGAUGGAGAACGGGAGCUGGCUUGGCGGUGAUGUGUUUAGACUUUUUGCUUUAUUUAUCAGCUCUUUCUUAGGUCAUUUCUACGGGGAGAAAAUCUAAGUCUUCUAUGAUGAAACUUGUGUUUGUUUUUGCUGUGGUUGCGUAUUUCUUUGCAGAAAAUCUAUCACUUCCCGUUGGAAAAGAACGACAGCGAGAGGAUGUGGUAACACGGUGCUUGGUUGAGGUCCUGUCCAAGGCGUUGACUAAACCUGACUCUCACCCUCUGGAUCAGGAAUGCAAAGAUAUUCUCAAAGCAGGUGCCCAACAUGCUGCACCUGUGGAGAAAAAAAGUGAUGAGGUGCUGACACAUGAAGAGGGCAAAGAACAUGAACCUGAGCCUGAGGCACCAGGGGCCGACGUGAAAGACAUUGAGGACCUCCUGAAGUCUGUGGAGGAGAAGAGAGAGACACUGGAGGACGAAGAUCGCAGCCAGGAGUCAUGGGACCUCAACUACGAGAAGGAGAAAAGGAUUUGGAAACCAACGCACAGGUAUCAUCAUAAGAAACCCAAUCACAAACGUGAUGAGGAGGUUUCUGAAGAAGUGAGAGAAGAGCCAGACGAAGAACAUAGUCAGGAAUCCUGGAGCCUGGGCGAUGAGAAGGAGAAGAGAUAUAGGCCUACCUAUCGGUACACCCCAAAGAAACACCCCAAACGAGACGAAGAGAGUUUAGAUGAAGAGAGAGAAGAGCCAGAAGAGGAACGUAGUCAGGAAUCCUGGAGUCUGGGCGAUGAGAAGGAGAAGAGAUAUAGGCCUACCUAUCGGUACACCCCAAAGAAACACCCCAAACGAGACGAAGAGAGUUUAGAUGAAGAGAGAGAAGAGCCAGAAGAGGAACGUAGUCAGGAAUCCUGGAGUCUGGGCGAUGAGAAGGAGAAGAGAUAUAGGCCUACCUAUCGGUACACCCCAAAGAAACACCACAAACGAGACAAAGAGAGUUUAGAUGAAGAGAGAGAAGAGCCAGAAGAGGAACGUAGUCAGGAAUCCUGGAGUCUGGGCGAUGAGAAGGAGAAGAGAUAUAGGCCUACCUAUCGGUACACCCCAAAGAAACACCAGAAACGAGAUGAAGAGGGUUUAGAGGAAGAGAGAGAAGAGCCAGAAGAGGAACGUAGUCAGGAAUCCUGGAGUUUGGGCGAUGAGAAGGAGAAGAGAUAUAGGCCUACCUAUCGGUACACCCCAAAGAAACACCAGAAACGAGAUGAAGAGGGUUUAGAGGAAGAGAGAGAAGAGCCAGAAGAGGAACGUAGUCAGGAAUCCUGGAGUCUGGGCGAGGAGAAGGAGAAGAGAUAUAGGCCUACCUAUCGGUACACCCCAAAGAAACACCACAAACGAGAUGAAGAAGACGAAGAGCGCAGUCAAGAGUCCUGGAGUCUGGGCGAUGAGAAAGAAAAGAGAAAGGAGGAUGAUGAGGAAAGAAAGAAGAGGAUUUGGAAACCCACCCAUCGGUACCACCACAAGAAGCACCACAAACGCAGUGAAGAUCCUUCAGAGGAAGAGGAGAAAGAUAAGAGAAUUUGGAAACCCACACACAGAUAUCACCACAAGAAACACCACAAACGAGGUGCUGACUCAUCGGACGAGGAAUCAGAGGAAAAGAGAUCAGAAGAGUCAGAGGAAGAGGAGGAAGAGGACAGAGAGAAGAGAAUCUGGAAGCCCACACACAGAUACCACCACAAAAAACACCACAAACGUGAUGAGGAGCUUUCAGAAGAAGGGAGAGAGAAGCCAGAUGAAGAACGCAGCCAAGAGUCCUGGAGUCUGGGAGAUGGAAAGGAGAAGAUAGAGGAGGAUGAGGAUGAGAGAGAGAAGAGGAUUUGGAAACCAACUCACAGGUACCACCACAAGAAGCAUCACAAACGCAAUGGGGAUUCCUCAGAGGAGGAAGACGAGGAACGAAGGAGCGAUUCGGACGAACAUGAGGAGGAGAGGCAUGGAGACGUCGAGAAGGAUGAGAGACAGAGGGAUAGGCAGGAGACUCUGAGGUACCUGGCAGAGAAGAGUCGUCUCCUGGGGGAGGGCGAGGUGGAUGAGAAACGUUCUCCCUGGGUUUACAGAGGAUACUACCACCCUGCCUGGUGGAAGAGAAGCACAGACCCACACACACCAUUGCAUAAGAUGGAGGAACUGGUGAAGUUGCUGACCUAUAAGAAUCACCAGCUGGCCAGCCAAUCAGAGCCGGCGGAUGAGGAAAAGAAGAGGAGCGUAUCUCUAACCCCAGAGGAGGAGAAGGAGUUGGAGAACAUAGCAGCUAUGGACAUGGAGCUACAGCAGAUAUCUCAGAAGAUGCAUGAGAACAGGAGUGACUAGAUAGACAGGCAGAAGCAUGCAGACAGGGAUGCUAAGAUACACAAGGUUAGCACACUGAGAUAGUAACAAAAGACUAAAAAGAGAGCUGUAGACUGACCCGUCAGAGUUCCGAAAAAAAAACUACAACAUCCAAGAGCCUUGCUGCAAAUUCUGCUGUGUUAACCCUUGUACCUGUGAAAUGUUGAUGUUCUCAAAAGAGACUGUUUAGUUCAUAUAGAAGUAUAAUAUAAUAGUAUAAAGAUAAAGUAGAUGCUUUGCUAAUUUGUCCGGAUAUCUAUAUAUUAAAGUACGCAUCACUGUUUUGUUCAAACUUUUGAAUGGUUGUUUGUUCAGUCUGCAUUUAAUAAAAUGAAUUAUUCUGGGACCAAAACUAA